CCGGUCGACUGCCUCAGGUUUAAACGGCAGCCGCUCUGACUCCGCUUCAGUCUGAGCAGCAGCAGCAGCAGGAUGACUUCCAACACUGCCACCAUGGGACAUCUCCCAAGCGGGUGUGGAAUAUGCACCACCAUCCCCGACAUCUUCUACCUGCCAGAGCUGAUCUUCGGUGGGCUGGUGUGGAUCCUGGUGGCGUCCACGUACGUGGCUCCGCCCAACCCUCAGGGUUGGGUCAUGGCCGUGUCCGUCUUCUGCUUCAUCAUGACCUUCAUCUGGAUGGUGGUGUUCGCCUGCGGGAGCCAUAACAACAAGGCGAGCUGGGCAGCAGCGGACUUCAUUUACCACUUCAUCGCCACCGUCUUCUACCUCAGCGCCUCCACCUCUCUGGCCUUCGUCACUCUGAGUCUGAGCAGGGGCGGCUCAGUCCUCUUCCUGUUCUACCAGCUGGACAUCGCUGCUGUGGUCUUCUCCUUCGUGACGACGCUCCUCUACUUCAUCCACACCAUCCUGUCCGCCAUACGAUGGAAGUCCUUCUAGAACCGCAGCAGGCUUUCGUCUGGACGUGGACGAGGAGGAAGCUCAGCUCACAGCUCCUGUCGAAGCAGAUCACUGAACUUCACCUCUGCCUUCGCUUCGGACACGGAUGUGACAAAAUGAGCAACAGUCCACUUUGAACACGGAGCAGCGCAGAAAACCGUCAGAUGCUUGGAUUUACUGGAGCGAGUGUGAAGAGCAACAGAGAACAACAAAAAUCUCUUUCACUUUUUAUAUGUUGCCUUGUGUGAAUUAAUUUUAGUGCAGAGACACAUCAAAAUUAAAAUAUUAUAGUUACCCUUGAAAACACUCAUAUUUCUCAACACAACACCUUUUCUGUUCAUAUAAAUAUUAACAUCAAUCAUUUCAGUUCAAGCAGAUGCUGCAGCUACAGCAGGAAUGAAAAGCGUCAUCAAACUGGUCUGUUCCCAUUAUUUUGUCCGCCCUGUGCUGGUCUCCUGUUACCUUCAGUCUGUGGCUGCUUUUAUACCUUUAUAUUCAGAUACAUCAAAAUUAAACUGACAUGUGAAUUAGAUUGUUGCAAAUCUUUAGAACUUCUGAUUUGAUGAACAAUAAAUGUGCUUGUUGUAAACCA